UUUUUUAAUAGUUGUUUUUCAUUUAUUAUAUAAUUUUUAAAUAAAUCUUUUUUUAAUUCACUCUAAACAAGUUCUAUCAUAAAUAAUUAAGCACUAUAUCUAGGAAGCAUUAUUAUAUUAAGCGUAUUUUAAAUAAUUUUCUUUAAAGCUUUUGAUUUGUGAACCUAAUCUUAAUCCAGAACAUAAAUUAUAUCUUCUUCAUCAUAUUUUUAAUGUAAAAAUUAAUAAAUAUCAUAUAAAUAAUAAGCAAUAUGUUACCAUUUAAAUCCUCCUAAACAAUAAAGUAAGGUAUAAUUUCUUUGUAUGAACUUCCAGAAAUUAGUGAAUAGUUUUUUGAUUUGCUUUACUGUUUGAUAAUUAAAGGUUCACCUUUUUUAUUCCAACCAUACUUUUAAAAAUUUUAAAUAUUAUUAGAUGUCUAAUCCAAGUAAAAAAUUUAUUUUUUCUAAAGCAAAAGUUCUAUUAAUUUUUACAAAAAAUGAUAUCUUUCAUUUAUAAUUUCACUUGUAUUUUUUUAUUUUUUUUAUUUUUGUGAUAUAUUAUAAGAAUAUUUUAAUUUUUUUUUAAUAUGAUUUGUUAAGUUUUUGAUGCUUAUAAAAUCCUCUUUACACUUAAACUGUUAUGAAAUUUCCAACCUUAAGUUUUUCAAAGGUUUAAAUUUAUUUAGAUUAUCGGAAAAAUAUUUUUCAAUAUACUAAGACAUUUCUUAAGUUAUUUUAGAAGGUGUUCCUCUUUUGUAUUUAAGAAAUUAAUCUUAAUUUAGCAUUCUUGUUUAGGCAAAUUAAAUAUCUUUAUUUUUCAAACCUAGUUUGUACUUUAUAUAUCCUUUAUUCAGUUUUUAGCUUAAUAAUUCAGAAGCUUUUUAUAUUUUUUAGAAUUUAAGUAAAUUAUUUAUUAAUUUUUUAGUUAAUUAAGGUUUUUAUUAUUUAGUUUUUUAAGAUUUAAAGUCAUUUUUAAUUUUUUUUGAGAGCUUCAAAGUAAUUUUCCAGAAAAAUAUUUUAUUCAUGAAUUUCAGAAAAAAAUUCAAAUCUUAUGAAAGCAUCAGUAUCUUUACUAAGAGAGAGUUUUUUCUCAUUAUAUUCCAUUUUAGAAUCAAUUAUUUCGGAAACUCU